AUGGAUCACUACGCCACCCUCGGCGUCCCCUCGUCCGCCGACGCCGCGCAGGUGCGCGACGCGUACAAGCGCGCGGCGCUCCGCGCGCACCCCGAUCGCGCGCGCGGCGACGCGCGCGCGUUUCUCGAGCUCAAACGCGCGUACGACUGCCUCGUGGACGCGACGGCGCGGAAGCGAUACGACGCCGCGCUCGCGUCGAGGCGCGCGCGACCGCUCGCGGAGACGAUCGACGCGGAGGAGAUGGACGUGGUGUGCGUGAUGAUGGGGCGCGAGGGCGAGCGCGGGGCGUCGGGAGGCGUGGACGCGUACGCGCGCGCGUGUCGGUGCGGCGACGCGUACGAGAUACCGGUGGCGGAGUUACAACGAUUGCGUCGCGAGUUGCACGACGAGUGCGUGUUGGAGUGCGGUGGGUGUUCGUUGCGAAUCAGCGUGCGAUUGAAACCGAUCGGGGCGGACGAGGCGCACGCGAGCGCGCGCGUGGCGCGCGCGUGA